UGAAAAUUAAAUGUUUCCAUUAAGUURCCUGGGGCUGAAUUUUUGUURUAUUUGUUUUAAAAUGUCAUUUAAUUUCUGCAACUUAGUAAACAACAUYCAAAAAUGUUAGGUAAACCAUAAGUGGAAACGCAAAGCGCCGUGUCCACUUUGGCCAUUAAAAUGUGUAAAAAAAACAUAGGUACAUUUGAACAAGCAAUUAAUACUCUCAUCUUAUAUAAAUAAAGAAACUGAAAACAACAACAAAAAUGCAGGGUUUCGAUCCAAAUUACUAAUUCCAAUAUAAAUAUUUUUUGCAUAAUGUCAUACUUUGAGUGGCAUCCUUCAAAUCUAUUCUACUAUUAAUUUCCUUAAAAACGGAUUUUUUUCAACGGUCUUGGCCAACUUGGACACGACCUUUCGGAACCAAAUGGCUAGUUUUCGAAAAGACAGAUAUAGUUACGGAAACGAUAGUGAUUUUAGAACAUGACUCAUGAGGAAGCCAAGCGUUGGACAAAGUAAGCGAACUUCAAGUGCUCAACAUAGAACAGUACUUUGCAAAUCCCUCUCAAUGUCUCCUUGGUAAAGUGGUAAUACGAAUCUUUCUCAUCUCAGAAAAUUCGUGACGAAUUCUGGCAAUGACUGCAUUGGUAAAUUAAGUCUUCUAAGUGGGUUAAUUGAAAAAAAGAACGGGUUUUUCUAAUAGAAAUCAUUUAAUAUGUAAUCAAUUGUGCCGACUAAUAUACACAAUAGAGGAGCACAGACAGUUAAAAAUCGGUAUUGAUAACAGAGAAUUUUUCCCRAGAAAUAAGAUUUAAGAUUAUAUAUCAUGUUGAGCUUCUCAAAAUCGUUGCUCAAAUAUUGACCCUACAGCAAAAAGGUUGCCAAAAAUGUGUCCAAUCAAAUUCAAUGAAAAUAUUCAAGCGCGUAAACGCGACUUAUUGACUCAAAAGAAUGGCAAAUAGAAACCCAACACGCCGCCCCAGUUUUUACCCAAAUUUGUAAAUGAUAAAUUCAUGAACGGAAAAAAUUCAGAUGAUGUUAAUCACGAUAUUUACAGUUCGGCUGAUGGAAAUUGUUUUGCCAGUGURCUCGCCUAACAAAGCCGCUAGUUGUUAGUUUGUAUUUGAUACCGAUUCUAUUCUAAAGACAUCAAUGUCCAACAGCGCGUCUAUUGAUGUGCAUAUAAGCUUGAAUGAAUAAAGAGUCAGAACGAGUGGAGUGUCUCUCGACUUCCCAUUGGUUAACGCGCUGAGGGAACUAACCACGAGAAACCAAUCGACAUCUCGAAGGCGACAGCAGAUUGAAUUUUACAUGGCAUCGAGAAGCCAACGAGUUUUUAGCGGUUAGACUUAGACUGAUGCAUGACGUGUGAUGACGUGCCUUUUUGGGCGCAAAUGGAAGGGUGCACGUGGUUGAAUAACACAGGCUUCCCCUAGCUCUUCACCUGUUUAAACGAAUAUGCCUUCUUGAAGUUGAUAACAAUCAAUGACUCUUCACUGCUGCAACAAGAAUGACUAACCUGAUUAAUUCUAGUCGUAUUUCGACUUGAAAGUUGCAAAGCAAGCCUUGGAAAAGCUCGUUUUGGAGUAUUUGAAUGRCGAGAAAUGAACGGCUGUUUUGAUUUCACGGUUCGCUACAGCGUUGUGUCUAGCUCGUGAAACAGCUAUGCUUCUAAUUCAAGUUAUUACCUGGUUUGGAAUUCUAGUUAUUAGAGCAAAUACUGCCUCAACCGAGACAGUCAUGAUACUGCGAUUUGCCGAAGAGCCAGCGGAUACACAGUUCGCGCACACUCAGUACGCAGUCCUAAACUGUAUCGUAAUAGGAAGUCCCAAGCCRAAAGUGACCUGGAGACUAGCGCGUAGUAACGUCGAGGUUACCAACGUUACUGGGCUUCGUUACGUCAUGUCGAAUGGUUCGCUCGUUUUCCCGCCAUUUUCGAGGGAUCGACUCGAUAAAUCGCUGCAUCAAGCAGAUUACCAGUGCCUUGCUAAAAACAAACUGGGCGACAUUAUCAGUCGAGCGGCUAAACUUCGAGCAGUUGUGAUGAAACCUUUUAGUAUCUACGCGGUUGAUCAUAAUGUCAUGAAGGGUAACACCGCUGUCAUCAAAGCAGUCAUACCUCGUCACGUGAGAGAUUACGUCAAAGUAAAGGCUUGGUACAAAGGCCGUGACGGCAUCACUACUGGAGCACGAAUCUCGGUCAUGCCAACGGGGGAUCUKGUAAUCACUAACGUGCGAUCUGAUGACGCAGAGAAUGGUGCAAUGUACUACUUUACGGCUAUUAACAGACUCACUGGGGAUAUUCAAGCCAGCAAUCCUGCCAAAUUAACGCUUAUAGACCAGCGAAUUUCUAAAACUCGCAUGACGUCCAAUGUUCACAAUCUGACGAUAACUGCUGGAGAAAUCGCUGAGUUACAGUGCACGGCAGAAGGCUAUCCCAUUCCGCACUACGCAUGGCGAAAAAACGGUGCACCGCUGAUCAUCAGGGAUCGUUUCAAGCUGUUUGCGGGCGGCAGUCUGAGAAUUGAGCGUACUGUGUCGGAAGACGAAGCAAUAUAUACUUGUGAAGCCAUUAAUAGUGUAGGMUCUGAUAGCGUCACUGUGCAUUUGAAGGUUCACGUACCAAUUACAUUCAAAGAGCGGCCUAAACCACAGGCAGCCCUUAUGGGAUUCGCUAGGAUGGAGAUGGAGUGUGACGUCAUAGGCGAACCCAAACCUGUGGUCACGUGGUACCACAAUGCAAAGCCAGUGGAUAUUUCAAAAGAGCGAAUCAGCAUCAAGUACAAUAAYCUGGUCUUUGCUACCGUAUAUGGGAAUGAUAUUGGCGUUUAUCAGUGCGUGGCUGAUAAUGGAGUCGACCUGGAGCAGAGGAGUGCAGAGUUYUACGUUGGAUUUAAUCUUCCAAAAUUCACGACUUCAUCCGGAAUAAAGGUUCUUCAUCCAGGAAACACACUGGAGAUAUCAUGCGAGGUAUCCUCGACCCCAACUCCCUUCGACGUACUCUGGUACCACGAUGGAGAGCGCCUGGGCAAUAACCAAGGCUAUGUCAUAACCCAAAUUCCUGGACACCGAAAGUAUAGCAGGCUCAGUAAAUUAAAAAAAUCAGCGGUGUCGCUAGGAGACAGCGGGGAAUACAAAUGCGGUGCAAACAAUGGAGCGGGGUCGGUAGAGCAGAACAUCACAGUUUACGUUAGGGGAGGACCAAAUAUAACUUAUUUUCUUCACGAAGUAACUGGUGUCCAAGGUCAAUCCAUUUCCUUACCUUGUCGYGUGAAAGGAUAUCCACUGCCGAAAAUCACUUGGACUAAGUCYGGUCGUCUCAACGCCCUUCCUUAUGACCAGCGGCAAUCCGUAGCAAGAAAUGGAACUCUUUUUAUAAAGAACGUUCAGAAGGAUGAUCGUGGACAGUACAAGUGUACAGCGGUUGCCACCAAUGGAAAGAAAGUAUCGAUUACUGUCAAAGUGAACGUUAUGGUGGCACCAGUAAUCACYCCACUUCAAUGGCGCCCAGUCGAAGAAGGUCAGCGGGCAUACGAGACGUGCAUCGCCGCGGCUGGCGAUACGCCUCUCAAUGUCACGUGGUUCAAAAAUGGUCGACCACUUAACUCAAUUGCCGGCGACCUCGAGAUCACGAAUAUCGGACCUUUUGGGAAAGCUAUUAGCAUUUUUAAAGUACACGAAAGGCAUGCUGGGACUUACACAUGCGUUGUGGGGAAUCGUGCUGGAAUUGCGAAAGACUCAGAACAACUCGUAGUCUAUCUUGGCUCCAAGUUUAUCGAGGAUCCCAAGGACCAGCAGGUCCUAAAACAGCACACUGCACACAUGACAUGCAAGACAAAAGGCUACCCMCCGGCUCGCGUAGAAUGGAGCAAGUUUGUCGGGGGCUCUUUCGAGAAUCUUAAUGAUGACCCAAGAUUCAGUCGGCUAUUGAAUGGGACUUUGGUGAUAAGAAAUGUGAGCAAGAACGACGAAGGAAAGUACUCCUGUAAUGCCUACAAUGGAGUUGUUGGCACACCUGUUAGUAGACAAGUCAAACUCAUUGUUCAUGCAGUACCAGCCGCUAUUGUGAGCCCACCAGUGGACCGUUCACAAGUCGUUGAUGGUAGUGUUUCCUUCACGUGUGUUGCUAUUGGUAACCUUCCAAUAGUGAUGACGUGGUACAAUGGGACAAAGCGUCUGACGUCGAAAGGUCGUGUCCGCAUUUGGAGUUAUACGACCGACAGUGAGCACAUGGUGAAUGGUACAUUACGAGUAAUUAACUUACGACUAAAAGACACCACACAGUAUUCUUGUAAAGUGGUGAAUAAAUUUGGUCAGGACAGAAAGUAUUUUCAAAUUACUGCUCAAGAGCGUCCAUCCCCACCGUCAAAACCAACGAUAGGGCGUGUCGGUGCAAAGUCCCUAGUAUUACUAUGGACUCCAGAGUUUGACGGUAACUCGCCAAUAACACGAUAUAUCAUUCAUUAUAAACCUCAUGGCAUCGAGUGGAAACAAGCAGCAAAGAAGGCCGUACCAGGCACUAAGAGAACAUAUCGAUUACAGCGACUCAAACCCGCCACAAAUUAUGAUGUAAGGCUUUACGCCGAGAACACUAUAGGUGUCAGUAAACCAGGAAAGGUGGUGACSAAAAAGACCAGGGAAGAUGCUCCUUCAAGUCCUCCUAAGAUCGUCAACACUACAGCCAUAUCGUCGACAGAAGUUUAUAUCGAAUGGCAGCCCCCUUCCAAGGAACACUGUAACGGGAUAAUCAUUGGUUUCUACAUAUCCUACAAUCAAGUCAACAGAAACAAAGAUUUCCACAAUAAGACAGUGUCAGGCGGGGCCAUACGAAGUCACGUGAUCACCGGUCUAGCAAAGUACAAGCUAUAUAAUAUCUUUAUCCAAGCAUUCACACGUGCUGGACCCAGUCCUCGCACUAAGAAAGUGUUCAUAAAGACGCAAGAAGAUGUCCCCAGCAAACCGCCACAGUUUGUCGAAGUUAAAGUACUGAGCUCGCAAAGCAUUUCAGUUACGUGGAAGCGCCCHCAUCACGAUUCCAUACAUGGUCAAUUAAGGGGGUAUAAGAUACGAUUCUAUCGUGUUAGUGACCCUGAUAAGGCACAAGAAGUGAGAGUUGGAAGUAAGAUUCUCAAUGAAACCCUCAAGAAGCUUGGGAAGUUCACAACAUAUAAAAUUAGCGUUUUGGCUUUUACCAGGAAAGGUGAYGGUGUUUCGAGUAACGARAUAAAAGUCACGACCGCAGAGGAUAUUCCAGGUCCUCCCGAUGACGUCCAAGCUAUACCAGUGUACCGCAAGCAAAUCCGAGUGCGGUGGAAGAAACCCAAGGAGCCAAAUGGCAUCAUUCGUGAAUACAAAGUCUUCUUUAGUACCAAAAUUACAUCGCCACUUAACGAUACCUCGAGUAAGCUCUACAUGCUGGCUACAAAAGGCAAUGUUACAUCUGGAUAUCUCAAGAACUUGGAGUCCGAUACUUUGUAUUAUUUCUGGGUCGUUGCGAGGACGUCCGUGGGAACUGGUAACGAAUCAGCAAUGGUCAAAAAGAGAACGCAAGAUAAGAUCGUUGCCAAUAUAUUUGAUCCCAAACUACCCGACACUAUGGAAAAAUGGAAGACGUCAGCCAUUUUGAAUUGUGAAUCAUAUGGUGAUCCUAAGCCCACCAUAUUUUGGUACAGCGGAGGUAAAGACUUAUCAAAAGAAGACAAAUAUGAGCAAUUCAGCAAUGGUUCACUGAAGAUAAAGUAUCUUAAAGAAUCGGACACUGGAGACUACGUAUGCACAGCAAGCAAUUUACUCGGAAAGAAAACAGUUAUCAGAAAACUGAAAGUACAAAUACCCCCAUCUCCUCCYACCGACAUCACCUUYAAAAGUGCWGAAGGGAUUCCUGGAGCCAUUAACAUUUCCUGGAUACCUGGUUUCGAUGGUUACAGYAAUGUCACCGURUUUUUGUUGGAAUAUAAAGUACAAAGAAAGGAAUGGAACGAUGUCUAUCUAUUUAAAAAUGCAAAGUUCUACAUACUACACAAAGUCGAYCAUACCAAACCGUAUUUUUUYAAAAUGUCCGCUAUCAAUGGUGUGGGAAGAGGAGGAUCUAGUAGGAUACUAAAAGUUACAUUUGCAGCUAAAGGUACCAUCGCAACAGUAAAGCAAGUCGACUCCGUCGAAGAAGAAGCCGAAGAUAACAAUAMAAAUAAACGUUUUUAUAACGACCCAGCCAUUCUUGGUACUCUGAUUACUGUCAGUGUCCUCAUUAUCAUUGUGUUACUGCUUCUUGUUGCCUGUCGCUUCAAACAUAUUACCUGGAAACUACCAACAGACUGGAAGGAUGUUUGGGAUAAAGCUAUAUUAGGUCAUCCAGCACAAAGAAGUGAAGAAACGAGUUCCACACCACCUGACAAUCACCAUGGUGAUGAUAUGAAUGGUAAUAACACAGAAUCGCGCAGUCCUUCAUCUGACGGUCAUCUUGCCGACUCGUCSUCGUCUGUCGAGCAAAUGGCUUCAACGAGAGGCUCCCUCCUUAGUCUCCCGAGGUCUAGUGGACUUUUACAUCACAACCUUGCUCAUGAACCAAUCAUGGAAGAGCCUUUUCCACCCCCUCCCCCACCGUAUCAAGGAACAUCUCCCAUGCGCUCACUACUCCCUCCCCCCAUGCAUCACGAUGAUAACAUAAGCGACACUUCAUCUGAGAUCAGCUUUGGGGGUCCUGUGUACCAUCGACCAAUGUUGCAUGACACUGAUAUCCUGUCACGCUCGCGUCCUACACCGACAUCCGCUGAUCCAUAUAUAUCGCAGCACCCACCCGUGAGAUCAUUGAAUGGAACACCAGGUGUUGCACUGGGCAUGCGUGGUCCUGCUGAUGGCGGCUCAGAGCUCGAUAAYACAAGUUUAGCCAUGCGYGGUCACGAAUCUAAUAUGGAUCUUCGGAAAACGUUCGGAAGCCGACUGGGGCGAAAUAGUAAAACACGAGGAAUGAGUGAAGAGACAGUGCGUUCUAUAUAUGCACGAACGCCGGCUUCGGGAAUAUCUCGGAUGCCAGAUUCUGACUUCGGGUCUCGUAACGAAAUUGGUCGGAAAAGUGUCGCUUCACGAAGRGGGUCMAACGCAUCGCAAAAGGUGGCUCCACUACAUAAACCUAAAAUCGAGAAUUUAAUCGAUGCUACUACGGUGAUUUAUCGUCGAGAUUCGGAAUCUUCAAAAGACUCGAACUCUUAUCCACCGGAAGUGGAGAGAGCUAUUGCUGCUGCACGAGAUGCACGUGCAUAUGACUCUACGUCAUCRGAGUAUAGUUCGUCACGUGACGAGCUCUAUGCCGCUUUAGAAUUCGGCAAAAGGAACAAUUUUGAAAAGUAUUAUGGUAUACCAACGCUCGAGACGACGUCGAUGUCGUCCGAGGCUACAAAUAGUAGUGAGCAGGAUGGAAUUUGUAAAUUCUCGGCUAGCCCGAGGACUGUAGGGGAUGGUUUUUAUGCCCCAGUGCCCUUGAAGCAGUCGUAUUAUAACCCACGAUCAAGAUCACGGCAGAAUAAUGAUGCAUAUCUGUAUGUACUAGAUCCACGAAGACGAGUUAUGGAUGUUGGUCCCGUCCGGGUUCGUUCUCAGCAUGACCACAAAGGCUCCUUAGUAUAAUGUCCGUUAAGGACAUCAUUGCGUCAAUGUGUAUGGUUACUAUGUACACCGAAGGUUUUAAAAUGGUUCACUUGACACGCGUACCAUCUAAAUGACUAACCAUUUCAAAAUGGCUCCUUAUAGUGAYGUCACUGGGACAUUUUUAAGAUUGUACAUCUCAGUACCGGUAUGAUGAUGUACCUAUAGGGACAUUAUUAGUUGUGUUUGUAAAUAACUAUUGUGUCCAUUUUGAGUUUCAACACAUCUACAAAGACUGGGAUAUUGGACAUUAUUUCUAACCCUGCAUGAAUGUGUUUAUAUUGAAUACCGACAWGGCCGGAUAAUGCCAGAAGCGCUUGMAACAAGGAAUGCGUUGUAAUACCAAACAUGCAUUGUUUAUCKUGCAAUGUCCUUGGGGCAGUYAAUUUCUACUCCAACAAAAYUAUCUACUUAACAAUGCGCGAAAARKUAUUGACAGCUUGUCUGAGCCGGUUCAAUAAGGGGGGUAUUUUUAAGGGGGAAAACUGUCUGGUUUAUUUUGAUGUAAGAUGGACUUGAGUAAAUCUUUUUUCAGUGAAAAUUACCACGUAUCAGUAUACAUCUUACAUGAAAACGAACCAAACACAGUAUAGAUCAAAAUAGAGAGUUUAUAUUGCAGAAUAGUACUGAAUUGCUGAAUAACAGUAAUAGCAGUUAUAUCGCACUAUUAAGKCGAAAUAGGAUUUCUAUAAUAUCAUAAAAUAUCUUGUACCCAACAGAAGUACAUUGAUUAAUAAAAAUAACGAAAUUAAAUUUUUGGAAUGCC